GGAGAGCUCAGUGUGAAAACAACGUGCUAAAUCCAGAAAGCGAUCCCGUGUGAACGUGCUUCGAGCGACGUACGCGCAUUUCUCUGUUGACAACAGUAAUCAUUUCGUAAUCUCGCGAAUCAAUCGCGUCUAGGACAGUAGUGCAACGUGUUUUGUGACAAACAAUUUUGUGCUACAAUAUGUUGGACAAGUCAAUUUUUGGCGGUAGUUGGGAGAGCGUGGUGUCGAGAGAUGACUACGAAAUCGACUACAGCCCGAGUCCAAGAGGAUCUCCAUUGAAGGACACGUCCAACAUUCAAGAGGAAAGUUCCUACUGCAUCAGUCGUCAUAAUCCGAAUAAGACUUUCCGUCGCGAAUCAGUUAUCGCUUCUUGGAAGAGUCUGAAGAAAGAGAGGGAGCAAGCUUUAGGCAAAAGGAUCAUUUAUAUCGACGCUGACAAUUACGAAGACUACUACGGCAGGAACAAGGUUAAACGUUGCAAGAGCGACAGGAGUGCUAACAUACCUCGCAACCGAAAGGUGAAGAGAACAUACUCAGUCCUUUACAGAUAUGAUCCUAACGAAGAAAAAGUGAUCAAGGAAUAUAAAUACCAAAUACCUAGGGAAUCAGAUACACCGAUCUACUCAGGCCUGCAGAAAUCUUACUCGGAGCCAUUCCUCAGGCCGGAAAGAAUGCCUAAGAAGAAAGUGAAGAGGUCUUUCACCACACUUUUGAACAUUAAAACCAAGUUUCUUAACAUAUUCUCGUCGAAAAGUUAAACAAUAGUUGUAUAAAUUUUGGUUUAAGUUGCUCAAUUAAUUGCAUUUCUUUAAUUGUAGAUAGUGCUCAUUGGUGUAUUGAAGACGUUUCGUCUUUAGUGAUAAAAAGGCAAAGUAUUAUAAGGUAUUGAAAUGUUGUCUUAGAAUUAAUCAUAUCGAGAAAAUUAUUAUCAAGAUACUGUAUCGGUACUACAGAACAUUGACUUAUCAUGAUCGCAACGUAAUAGAACGACCUUAAUUAGAGAAUAUCACAACACCUCUUUGAAUAUUGAGUAUAAAAUUAUUCUAUAAACAGAUUAUUCGUGCAACCGUGUUCUAUAGGUGGGAUCGUGGUCAAGCGCUGAUUUAAAAAAUCAUA